CUGAUGGUUUACAGAUAUGUUGGCGGAGAAGAUCUCUGAUAUUAUCAUUAACGGAUCGAGUUGAUCUAGUGACUUUGGAUAUGAGGUAGGCUUAUCACUUUUUAAUUGUAAUCAUUUUAUUCAUAUUAUAGAUUUCGGCAGCUCUUGAUAUGAUCAUCGCUGGUAAGAGCUGUUUCUCAUUUCCCAGAUAUUAAUAAUACUCUGAAAAAAGAACAAGCCAGUCAUGACAAGGAUAUUUUUAGGAUAUGGAUUGGAGCUCUUUAGUGGAUCCACAUGUACGAGUUUUAUAAUCAUAGUUGUUCUUUAUAGAACCCAUAAAGAGUGGCUUCUUCGGCAAGAAGCCCGGGUACUGGUCGGGAAUAUGGGUUGUCUAUUAGUAUGGCUAUAAAUACGCGGUCUGACAACGUUAGAUCGGUGAUGCGUCAUAAUAUCGACAAUUAUGAGUG